AUGAAGGUCAGAGAAGGCUUCAUGGAGGUCGGUUUGGCCAUGAUGAAAGGCAAAAGAAACUAUAUCGAGGACGCUGCAUUAGUUGAUGCACGUCUGCCUGGUCAGCCAAAUGUGCGUGUUCAAGCUGUAUUCGACGGGCACACUGGAUCGGAGGCGGCCCACUUUCUGGCGGUGAACCUGCAGCCUACGUUGGCGGAGGUUGGCUCCAUAAGCCCUGAUUCCCUCACAGAAGCUUGUGAGCGACUGGAGAUGAAGUUGCGGGAAGCCGUCAGGCGAUCUGGCUCAACAGCCGUUAUCGCCGUCAUUGAAGUUGUCUCAGAACGUCGCCCUGUGCUUGUCCGAGGCCGAGAGAUUAUACCCGAAAAGGAUACUGGUUUCAAGACUCUCCGCGAAAAACACCGUCCUACAGAGAAGCGCCUGCCACAACGAAAGGUCACCUUGGGCACGGAAGAAGCGCCUGUCAGGGUUCUGGUCGCCAACGUAGGUGAUUCAAGGGGUCUGAUAUUAACCGGAGAGGACUACGUGGAACUGACAAAGGAUCACAUUCCUGUCGACGAGGAGCGGGCCCGUGUAGAAGCAGCCGGUGGGAGAGUGCAAGAGACUGGUGGGGUUUCGCGCGUUAGGGGUCUCAUGAUGACCCGCUCGUUCGGAGACUUCGCAAAGAAAGCUCCACGCGUAGAGCCAGCGAUCAUCUCAACGCCUGAGAUCAGGCAGUUCUUCAUGCAGUGGCACGAUGCUAUGGUGCUCUUUUCGGACGGUUUGGUUGACGGGAAGCUGGACUGGGAAUCGGUUGCGUUUAUAGUUGCCCGUGAACUCCGCGACGGGAUAAGCAUCCGGCUAGCAGCAGAUGAGCUUGUGCAGAAGGCCUACGGGUCAGGGUCGACAGAUAAUAUGACAGCCCUCGUGACUCGUGUUCACCGGAAGCCUCGAAAACCCAAAGCCAAAGUUGUGACUAGCAUAGGGCCUGCCGAAUCGGAAACCAAAGAAGACUGGAGUUUCAAGAUUAAAGAAGGCGAAUCAAUGUCAUUGCCCAUGUUCUAA